AGACGGCGCAGGGAGCACACACCGCCAGUCUGUGCGCAGAGCCGGAGCCAGAGGCCGCGGGGACACCAUGCACGCCCCCAACUGAAGCAGCACCUCAAAGCCGCAGCGCCCGGCAGCCCAGCGGAUUUCAGAGAGCUCACACUCAGAGGAACCCUUGCGGAGAGACCUCCCGGAAGCCCCUUGCAGGACAGUCCUCACCCCGACGUUCCGCUACUGCAGACAGGAGUGCACAGUGGCCCCAGCUCGCCGCGCCAUGGAGCGGAUCCCCAGCGCGCAACCGCCCCCCGCCUGCCUGCCCAAAGCUCCAGGACUGGAGCCCGGAGACCUACCUGGGAUGGAUUUUGCCCACAUGUACCAAGUGUUCAAGUCGAAGAGGGGAAUAAAGCGGAGCGAGGAUAGCAAGGAGACCUACAAACUGCCGCACCGGCUCAUCGAGAAAAAGAGACGUGACCGGAUUAACGAGUGCAUCGCCCAGCUGAAGGAUCUCCUACCCGAACAUCUCAAACUUACAACUUUGGGUCACUUGGAAAAAGCAGUGGUUCUUGAACUUACCUUGAAGCAUGUGAAAGCACUAACAAACCUAAUUGAUCAGCAGCAGCAGAAAAUCAUUGCCCUGCAGAGCGGUUUACAAGCUGGUGAACUGUCGGGGAGAAAUGUUGAAGCAGGUCAAGAGAUGUUCUGUUCAGGUUUCCAGACAUGUGCCCGGGAGGUGCUUCAGUACUUGGCCAAGCACGAGAAUACUCGGGACCUGAAGUCUUCGCAGCUUGUCACCCACCUUCACCGUGUGGUCUCAGAGUUGCUACAGGGCGGUACCUCCAGGAAGCUGUCGGACCCGGCUCCCAAACCCAUGGACUUCAAGGAGAAACCCAGCUCCCUGGCCAAAGGCUCCGAAGGCCCUGGGAAAAACUGUGUGCCGGUCAUCCAGCGGACUUUUGCUCACUCGAGUGGGGAGCAGAGUGGCAGUGACACAGACACAGACAGUGGCUACGGAGGAGAAUCCGAGAAGGGUGACUUGCGUGGUGAGCAGCCGUACUUCAAAAAUGAUCACGGACGCAGGUUCACCAUGGGAGAAAGGAUCGGUGUUAUUAAGCAAGAAUCUGAAGAACCUCCGACAAAAAAGAGCAGAAUGCAGCUGUCAGAUGAUGAAGGCCAUUUCACUGGCAGUGACCUGAUCAGCUCCCCAUUCCUGGGCCCGCACCCACACCAGCCUCCCUUCUGUCUGCCCUUCUAUCUGAUCCCGCCAUCUGCAACUGCCUACUUGCCCAUGCUGGAGAAGUGCUGGUAUCCCACCUCUGUCCCAGUGUUGUACCCAGGCCUCAAUGCCUCUGCUGCAGCCCUCAGCAGCUUCAUGAACCCAGACAAGAUCUCAGCUCCUUUGCUCAUGCCCCAGAGACUCCCUUCUCCCUUACCAGCCCAUCCAGCCAUCGACUCUUCUGCCCUGCUCCAGGCUUUGAAGCAGAUCCCCCCUUUAAACUUAGAAACCAAAGACUAAGGGACCCUGCUGCUCUGCUCUCCUUCCUCCCUACUUUAACCCCUGCCCCCAACCCACAAAGUAUGACUGCAUCAAGAUGGUUCUAAUGUGUAUGCUGAGAUGAUCUGAUGCACUCAGAGAAACAUUUGGGGUGCGUGUGUGUGCACGCGUGCACAAAUGUGCAUCAGGGGUUGGUAUAGAACAUUAAAGCUCCGUUUGGCAUAGGGAAGAUAUGAAGGAUUUCCUGACAUCAGGAGAUUUAGAGGGGAUUGUAGCAGACCUCUGGGCUUUCCCCCACCCAGAGGAUAGCCCCCUCCGAUAACAUACAAAUCAGCUGGAUUUUCAAAAGCUUCAGAGUCUUGGUCUGUGAGUCAGUCUUCAUUUGGGAGCCGGGUUUCUGGCUUUGAGAAAAAGGUACUUUCAAAAGAGGGCUUUCCAGAGCACAGUUCCCAGCCAGCUCUAAUGACCCCACCCUUCUCCCUUUGAUUGUUGCCGUGACUCACCAAACGGGGAGAGGACAGCCACACUGAGCUUUCUGCUAAGCGGUGAGGUAGCAGACACUGGCAUGGCACGGUAGUGGUUUGGGGGGAUUUCUACAGGUCUGCUCCCCACCCCUGCCUCCGAUGAAUAAAGAGAACAUAGUUCCCUACUCAGGCUUUCGCAGUGAUUAGCUUACUAAGGAACUGAACAGGGCCCCUGGUAAAGCUGAGCUGCCAGGGAAUGAGGGAAGAGUCCCUGGAGCCUCCGGCACCUGGGUCUAGGUCUCACCUAGAAAACAGUCUUGCUUUCCGGGGAACCAAAGCAGGGUCUGAGAGACGCAGGUACCUAAGUUCCAGUCACCCCCAAAAUGCAUAAAGCCAAGUAACAAACUGCUACCUUCAAUAGGCAGAGCUAGACUCUGGGUUUCAGUUCUAUCCUAAAACUGCUUUUAACCAAGCUUAGCUUAAAGGCCUAACCAGCUCUUGGCACAGCAAGAUCCUUUCUGCAGGCUAAUUCCCCUCACCCGACGGCAUAGGGAGCGUCCUUCUUGCUAAAAAGGAUUCUGUCUCCUUCAAAGAAGUUUUAUUUUUGGUCCAGAGUACUUGUUUUCUGACUUGUCCAGCUAGCCCUGCACCAGCUUUUCAAAAUGCACUAUGCUUGAUCGCCGAUCGUGUUUUAACUUUUUCUUUUCCUGUUUUUAUUUUGGUAUAAAGUCAUUGCCUUUAUUUGUAAAACUGUUAUAAAUAUAUAUUAUAUAAAUAUAUUAAAAAGGAAAAUGUUUCAGA